GUUACGACACGCACGAUCGAAGAGAAAAUUGCGGGACGCAGCAGCAAAUGCGCGAGACGUUUUGGACCAAUUCUACAGAAACGUGAUAAAUCUAAUCAUACCCACGAUUUGUGUUUAUCCGUCUUAACCAAAAAAGAAGAAGAAGAAACCUCGGAUCUGCUGCAUUCUCACCUUGAGUCAGAAAAAAGCUUUGGAAGAUUACAUUUUGCUACUUGAGGCCUAAAGUUAUCUCCUACUGCGUAGAAGAUUGUUGAAAAUCAAAGAUGUCCGAGAUAAACAAGAAUGAGGUCGACAUUGUCAUUGGGGCUCUUAAUGCUGACCUGACACAGUUCUUGAACAGCUGGAAGCCCUUUUUCUCCGGGUUUCAUCUGAUUGUUGUCAAAGAUCCUGAGCUCAAGCAGGAACUCAACAUUCCACAAGGCUUUGAUGUAGAUGUCUACUCAAAGACUGACAUAGACAAAGUUGUUGGCUCAUCCAAUUCCACGAUGUUCUCGGGCUAUUCUUGCAGAUAUUUCGGUUAUCUCAUAUCUAAAAAGAAGUACAUUGUCUCAAUCGAUGAUGAUUGUGUCCCGGCUAAAGAUCCCAAGGGGUUCCUAGUGGAUGCUGUUUCUCAGCACGUGAACAACCUCGAAAACCCAGCCACGCCUCUCUUCUUCAAUACCCUUUACGAUCCUUAUUGCGAGGGAGCGGAUUUUGUCCGUGGAUACCCUUUCAGCCUUAGAAGCGGUGUUCCUUGUGCUGCAUCUUGUGGACUUUGGCUUAACCUAGCUGAUCUUGAUGCUCCAACACAAGCUCUCAAGACAGAGCAAAGGAACACUUCAUAUGUUGAUGCGGUUAUGACAGUGCCCCUCAAGGCUAUGCUACCUAUAAGCGGUAUCAACAUCGCUUUUAACCGUGAGUUGGUGGGUCCAGCUUUGGUGCCUGCACUUAGAUUGGCUGGAGAAGGGAAAGUGAGAUGGGAAACACUUGAAGAUGUUUGGUGUGGGAUGUGCCUGAAACAUAUCUCUGAUCAUUUGGGUUAUGGUGUGAAAACCGGACUGCCUUAUGUGUGGAGAAACGAGAGAGGAGAUGCAGUUGAGAGCUUGAGGAAGAAAUGGGAAGGAAUGAAGCUGAUGGAGAAAAGUGUUCCUUUCUUCGAGUCUUUGAAAUUGCCCGAGACUGCGCUUAAAGUUGAAGAUUGUGUGAUUGAGCUUGCUAAAGCAGUGAAAGAGCAGUUGGGUUCAGAAGAUCCUGCAUUCACGCAAGCGGCUGAUGCUAUGGUUAAGUGGAUCCAGCUCUGGAAUUCUGUUAAUUCGAGCGGUUAAAAGUUGAACCAAUGAAUCUAUCUCCUGAGGUUAGGUUCCUUUUAUCACUUCUAAGCUUAUUAUCAUGUCUCAGGGAUUUAUCAUCAUGUUUAUUCUCUUUUUUAUCUAAUUAUAAGCAUGUUUUCUAGACUUUCAAUAAUGUAAACCUUGACUGAAGAAACUAUCCUGUACGUUUCGAUGAUGAUAAUAUCUAUUGCUUAACUUUUCUUCU